AUGACAGAGUUGCAUCAGGCAGCAGCUUCUGGAGAUUAUGAUCUAGUGGAAGAAAUUGUGGGGAAAAAAUCGUGUGACCCUAAUCAGAAAGACUUAGACUGGAACAAGAAGACCCCGUUGCACUGGGCAGCAUCCAAAGGCCAAACAGAGAUGGUUCGGAUAUUAAUUGAAAAUGGAGCCAGGGCUUGUUUGAGGACGGAUAAUGGAUGGACACCCGCACAUUUUGCAGCGGAGUCCGGAAAACUAGCAGUACUUCGACUCCUUCAUUCCCUACAUGCACCUGUAGACAAGGAGGAUUCCUCCGGCGAUAAACCUGUCAGGAUUGCUGAAAUCUAUGGACAUGAAGAUUGUGUUCUUUUUCUUAAAAAGGCAGAGGUUGAGAGCAGAAACUACCGGCAAAUGGCAAAGUUAAAUGGGCUGCCCUUAGACGAUACUGAUGAAGAAUGGGAACAGGAGAGAAAAGAAGCCAAUAAACAAGUCAUUAAAAAGUAG